AAAUUUUAAUUUCCCCAUCUUCAACCUGAAAAAAGCAAAUAUCUUUACUCAAGGAAGCCUUUUACAACUUUAUUACAUCUUCUUUUAUGGUAAAGGAUUGUUUCAUAGGCAAUCACCUUAAUUAUAUUAUGUUAUUAACCAGAAAAAGGCGAAAAACAAGCCAAUACCUUUCGUAUGUUGAUAACCCAUCUUUACAAUACUCAAACUAUUAAUGAUAAUAAACAUUAAUUGAUACACGUGAAAUACUAUAAAGAAUGUGAAUAUAAUGUGUAUUUGUGCAUAAUCAACCUAAUCGGCAUCAAUAUCACCGGCUUCGAGAAAAGUUAUAUCUCAUAAUUACCUUUUCCUUCAUUUUCCCACAUAUCAAACCCACCUACAAGUUUCAUUUCAUAUGGUAAACAAUACUAUUUUUCCUUGGAUUUUCGGGGUUGCCAAAGAAACACAAAAAUAGCCGCUUAGAAGGGACUGUCAAAGCAGACUGUGCACCCACUAACGUGAGUGAACCAUUAGAACUGCCUCACCACGCAUUAUCCACGUGUUAUAAACACAAAGAAGCAAGCUACUCAAACGUGUGCCUACUUGUGAGGGAAGAACGUGCCCCAUACAUAUAUUUACAAUACCAAACCAACAAAGUAAAUUUAUUCAUUUCGAUUUUGGGUGUAGGUAUUGGUUCAAUCUAUACUUUCGUAAGUUCAUUCGUUUUCAUGUAAAUGAUUUUGAAUUUAAAUCAUAUUACUAAGUUUUUAUUGAUAUUAAACUCAAAUGCAUGAUAUGAGAUGAGACGCAUUUACAAUCGUUAAUUUCAAAUACAGAAUCCAUGUAUGGCAUCUUUCUGAUUAGAACUAAAAGACUCAUGUAUCAUAUUUCUAUUGUCAAAAGAAAGAUAUUGGCAUGGUACCUAAGCUUGACUAAAAGAGAAAGGAAGCGCAUGGCAAAAGGGCACCAAAAGGCAAAAGGUUCAAAAGCAAAGCAAAGCCUUACGUUUGCAGUGGGAAACUGAGCACGUGCGGAAUCGCUACGUGGUUACACGCCGCAGGCUCCUGUUUACUAAAGAAAGAGAGUAAAAAAAUACAGUGAAAUUUUAUAGCUUAUAAAUUCUGAAGGACUCACAGGGUGCAACCAUCAACCUAGCUAGCUAGCUAAGCUACUUGCCAUCUUCUCUGGGGUUUGUGAAUAAUAGCUUGGCUCUGCUGAGAAACAGAAGCAAGAAAACGACAAUUCGAAAAGUUUGCUUCAAGUAUCUGUCUAUUUGGGUUUUUGGUCUUUGGGUUAUUGACAAAAAAAAAAAAAAAAGAUGGGGCAGAUUAUUAACAUUUUGCAUGGAUUAAAGCCUGCAAUGUUGAUGGUGGUGGUUCAGGUACUGUACGCCGGGGUUAAUGUGUUGUGCAAAUUGGCAGCAAACGAUGGAAUGAGCUUGAGGAUUUUGGUCGCUUAUAGAUUCAUAUUUGCCACGGCUGUUAUGGUCCCUCUUGCUCUCGUUGUUGAAAGGAAGAGGCCAAAACUAACUUGGACUGUACUGGUUCAAGCAUUCUUUUGUGGGUUACUUGGGGGUUCACUAUGUCAAAAUUUAUACAUGGAAAGCCUGGCCUUAACAUCUGCAACAUUUGUUUCUGCCAUGAGUAAUCUUAUUCCAGCCAUAACUUUCAUCAUGGCCAUCACUAUUGGAUUGGAAAAGCUAGCUCUUGGAACAAUGGCAGGGAGGGCAAAGGCGUUGGGAACAUUAAUUGGAUUAGGUGGGGCAAUGCAGCUCACGUUUUACAAAGGAAUCCAAAUUAAUAUGGGAUCAACCCGUCUUGACCUUCUACAUCAUGGACGCCACGGGGCUAUUUCAUCACAUGCAGCCUCUGCCCAUCAUCUAUUGGGUGCUUUGCUGGCUCUGGGCAGCUGCAUCUCUUACGCUCUUUGGUUGAACAUUCAGGCUAAGAUGAGUGAGAAAUACCCAUGUUAUUACUCAAGCACAGCAUUGAUAUGCAUAAUGGGAGCCAUACAAGCAGUUGUUUUUGCACUUUGCAUGGAAAAAGAUAAGAGUCAGUGGAAAUUAGGCUGGAAAAUUAGGCUUCUCACUGUUGCCUACGCGGGAAUUUUAGUAUCGGGGCUAAUGUUUAGCUUGGUCUCUUGGUGUGUGCGCAUGAGAGGUCCACUUUAUGCAUCUGCUUUCAACCCUUUAAUGCUCGUCUUAGUUGCCCUUGCAGGCUCAUUGUUUCUCGAGGAAAAGCUCUAUCUUGGAAGCAUAAUCGGAGCAGUGCUAAUUGUGAUUGGGCUGUAUGUUGCUCUGUGGGGCAAAGGCAAGGAGAUGAAGAAGAUGAAUCAAUUAGUGCCAUCAAUAAAUUCUCCAGAAGAUGGACCUAUCGAGAUUACUGUUACUUCUUUAGGUGACAGAACUUCCAUCAAUAACAACGAUAAUAAUAGUAUUGUAGUCAUGAGUAAAGAUUCAACAAAGAAAUAUAUAGGAUAGGAAAAGAACAAAAAUAAUAGAAAAUCAAAAAAUGAAGAACAUGAUCAGAACAUAUAUAGAAAGAUUGGUAGAGAAAGAAGAAAAUGCUUUAGAGUAAAGUUUUCUUAUUUUCCCUUUUCUCUAUUGUUUGUAAUAAUAAGCUCCAUUACUUUAAAUCAAUGUUAAAUUUUAGUGCUAAAUCAUGUACUUCUCAAUGAAAGCAAGCACUGAGAA